AAAAAAAACGUUUAUCGUGUCCGAUUAAUCGUUGUGCUCAGAAGUGUCCAAACAAGUGUCGCUAGGAAUUCCUUGUCAGGCUCCACACACCCGUCAUCUCUACUUAGCACAUGGAGGUGGAGAGAUAGGUAGUUGGGCGGCCAUUGGCAUUUGGCACGCCAUCAGCAUGAGCUCUCCUCCUCCAGCUUCCUAGUUCUCAUCCUCCCUAUACAUAGAAACCUGCCCAAACGAGAUGAUUGGUGGCAGGAGAUGGCGAUGGCUGGGUUCCUCCUCGUCUUCUUCUUCCUCCUGCUCCGGAUGGAUGGCUUCCACACACACCAAUCCCUUGUAGCUCCAUCCUCUUUUGCAUCGCAGGGUCGAGUAGUGCGUGCACCACAAUCAGAAAAGGCUAGGUCGUAGCUAGUGUUGCUAGGCGGGCAGGUUGCCGGUGGUGUGUUGUUGUCAUCGCUGCUCUGUCACGUAAGGCACGGCCACUUGGUGUUUUGUUUGACACGCCGGCGGAUGGUCCUCAUGGCCGGGAUGCUCCCCGGCGUGGAGUGCGCGCGGCGGCGUCGGCUCCGGCAGGGCGGGUCGUCGUCCGGCGCGGCGGAGGCGCCGUGCGGGACGCGGCGGCCGUCCUUCUGCCUCUACGCCGGCGGCCAUGGCCGCACCCACCUUGGCUCCUCGGCGGUGGCUUCUUCCAAGGAGAGGAGCGGCGUGUGCAAGGAGAUGAUGAUGGCGCGCGCGUGGGCGCUGGACAGCAACGCCCGGGAGGCGAAGGAGAGGCUGGACCAGAAGCUCAGGGGCCAGAGAGAAUCUGCGGUCAAGAGGCAUCAGAUGAGCACGGGCACCGUGCGACCUCUGACGGCAGCGAAGCCACCACACGCAACGAGCACGGACGCCAGCAGCAACAAUCUCCAGCACUCGGCCACGGCGGCAGAGCCAGGCGCGACGCCGCGCGAGCUGCAGCGGGAGGUGUUCUCGUUCUCGAAGCCGGCGAGCGGUGGAGGCGCGGCGGCCCGGCGCCGUCGGUUCAGCUGGAGGCGGCUGGGAAGGUGCAGUACGCCGUCGUCGGAGGCGGAGGCGCCGUGGGAGUGCGCGGUGUGCCUGGAGGAGCUCCGUGCUGGGGACGUGGUGGCGCACCUGCCCUGCGCGCACCGCUUCCACUGGUCCUGCGCCGUGCCCUGGGUCCGCGCCGCCUCGCGCUGCCCCGUCUGCCGCGCCCAAGUCCACCUCGCCCCCUCCUCCCCCAGCUGAGCUGAGCUGACCGGCCUGCCCGCUGGCCAGCCGGCCGCCAAGCCUUCUCGGCGGGACGACGGAGGCACGGAGCAAGGCCGGCUCCCCUCGCCGCCAUGCGCGUGGCAGUGCCACACCCGCGGCCAGGCCAGAGGUGCGGGCGUUCUGACUUGCAGCAGGUACUGUCCACGUAGGGGGUUGUGUGUGUGUUAGCUCGCAGGUCCUCCUCCUUGCUUAGCUGCUUAGCUAAGCUAGUCCACGUCCGGUAGCGGAAGGUGGUGGUACAGCAUGACGAAUCGCGUUGCAGCCUAAAAAUUCAAAGCCGUAAUUACUACCAAUCCAAGUCCAUCUCUCUGCGGUUCUCUCCAUGCUCUUGUGCUCUUAUUGUACGAUGAAAUGUACAGUAAGUGCUGCAGUUGUACAAUGUACCGUAUAGCACGGCCUAAUCUGACCACUUUAUAACAUGUCUUUUACCUCUUCAGAAGACUACAUUUGCUAGACCAAUCAUAUUACUUUGUAUCAGGCCACACUCUCCGAAGUUGCUGUAUACAUAAAACUAUAUAGAAGAUAUAACUAUCCCGAUAUUUUUUCA